GCCAAGGCUACUGCAGAUCACAUACCAAAUAUCCCCUGCCUUGGUGUGCGGCAGUCUCCGUUUUGUUGUUACCUUACCUUUCAGGCUAGAGUGCAACGCCAUUCACUGUCCACCCGAUCCAACGUUACUUUGGACGUUACCUACCUGGAAGGUUACCUUCGUCACCGGCCUACUUUAACGGCCGCACGCCUCGCAGAUGGCGGUCGACUAUCCACCCUCUGUCCUUGCAAUUCACUCAACAUGCUCUGGUCUACUCCAGCCCUCGCUGGCGCUGCACUCCUGCUGCCCACUGUCGCCGCCGCGCCAAAGUUUGGGAAGGCUGCCAAUCUCAGCACGAAAGCGCAGGCUGGCGCCCACGUGAUCUACUCGUACUCGGGCUCCUCCAUUCCGUCUGAGCUGUACACUCUCGCGAGCCAAGGAGCCGUCGGAGGCAUUAUCCUGUUCGGCGACAACGUCGACUCCAACACCGCCAGCGAGAUCGAGCAAUUGCAAUCGACGUACAAGAAGAGCGCCAGCUACGCCGGCUACCCGCUCAUCAUCGUCACCGACCAGGAGGGAGGCGAGGUCGCACGCCUACCUGGUGGACCCACCGCCUCAGAAUACGACAUUGGGCAGUCGAACAAUGUGCCUUCGGCAGCCAGCUCCGCCGGCGUGACUGCGGCGACCGCGUGUGCAGCAUACAACGUCAAUGGCAACCUCGCCCCGGUGUUGGGGGUCUACCGAUCCCCAGGCGACUUCCUCGAUCAAUACCAGCGAUCAUACAGCACCGAGCAGUAUAUUGCCAAAGAGGCCGGCUCCGCAUUCAUCUUGGCGCAGCAGGCCCACGGCGUGAUCGCGACCGCAAAGCACUUCCCCGGCCUCGGCGCCGCGACAGCCAGCGAGGACACGGACGUGGAACCCGUCACGCUGAACGUAUCCUUGGAGGACCUCCGCACCAUCGACGAGGUGCCAUUUGUGGGCGCGGUGGCUGCCGGCGUCGACAUGGUCAUGGCUUCGUGGGCUGUCUACCCGGCAAUGGACACACUACCAGCCGGUCUGAGCCCCUCGUGGAUUGGCAGCGAGCUGCGCAGUCGUCUGGGAUAUACCGGGGUGACCAUCACCGACGCCAUCGAGGCCGGUGCGCUCCAAGCGUACGGCUCGAACGAGACGCGCGCCCUGAAGGCCAUGAACGCCGGGAUGGACAUCAUCCUCGCUUCCGUUGGCGACCCCAGUCAAGGAUCAGGCAUUGUCUCCGCCAUUGAGACUGCGCUCGGCAAUGGUGGUUUGUCUCAGUCCGCCUUCACCUCAUCGACGAGCCGCAUCAUGUCUCUGCGGAGCAAGCUGUGAGGGUGUGAUUAGACCAGAUAGAGCUGCAAAACCACUUUACCAAUGAAUUCUACGUCCUUGCAAUGGAACUUUCCGAC